CAACCAGAUAGUGGAUGCAUUAUCCUCCCCCCAUCCACCGCCGCUCCCAAUUUCUCCAUUGUUACAUAGCAGCAAAGCUUUCUCAAUGGGCGGCGCCCAUGCCCAACUGCUCCUCCUCGUCCUGUUCGCCUGGGCCUGGCUCUUCUUCGCCGGCGCACUGGCGCGUGGUGCUUCCGGCCUCCACCCCGUCGUCCUGCUGCCCGGAUUCGGCUGCAGCCAGCUCGACGCGCGGCUCACCGACGAGUUCGAGCCCGCCACCGCGGCACCGAGCUGCGGCGGUGUGCCGAAGGGGAAGAAGGGAUGGUUCCGGCUGUGGAACAACCACACGGCGCUGCAGGAGGACCCUACGCUGGUGCCGUGCUACGCGGAGCUGCUGCGGCUGGUGUACGACCCCGUCGCCGGCGAUUACCGCAACGUGCCCGGCGUCGAGACCCGCGUCGUGGCCUUCGGCACCACGCGCGGCUUCGGCUACGGUGAUCCUGCCAUGAAGAACUUCUGCAUGGAGAAACUCGUUCGGGCACUGGAAGGAGUCGGAUACAGAGAAGGCGAGAACCUCUUCGGCGCGUCGUAUGACUUCCGAUACGCGGCGGCGGCGCCCGGCAAGGAGUCCAGGGUGUUCUCCUGCUUCCUGUCAAGCCUGAGGGUGCUCGUGGAGCAGGCAAGCGAGAGGAACGGGGACGCUCCGGUCAUCCUUGUGACGCACAGCUUCGGAGGCAUCAACGCCAACGUCUUCCUCCGCCGGAGCCCCCUGGCGUGGCGCAGGAGGUACGUCAAGCACUUCGUCAUGGUCUCCGCCGGCGCUGGAGGCGGUGUAUCCCGGCUGCAGUUCUGUGGCCCGUCGUCGUCGUCGCCACCGACCGACCCGCUGUCGUUCGCUGACACCGGCAGGAGCUUCGCGGGCGUGUUCUCAACUCUGCCGUCCCCCAAGGUGUUCGGCGACGCGCCGCUGGUGAUCACGCGAGCCAAGAACUAUUCCGCCUACGAUAUCCCGGAGUAUCUCAAGGCCAAUGGUUUCUCUGACGGCGAGGUGGCGCGCUACGUGACGAGGGUGCUGCCGGUGACGCUGGAUUUCAGUGCGCCGGCGGUGCCGAUGACCUGCAUCAACGGUAUCGGCGUGCCGACGGCGGAGAAGCUGGUGUACUGGGACGGCGAUUUCGGCGCGAAGCCUGACGAAGUGCUUUACGGCGACGGCGAUGGGGCGAGCAACAUAGCGAGCUUGUUGGCGUUGGACACGCUGAUCGGGGCUGAUCCGGAGCAGGUUUACUUCAGGUCCGUGCUGAUUCACAACACGAGUCAUGGUGGCGCCAUCUCGGAUGAUUUUGCUCUCGACCGUCUGGUCAAUGAGGUUCUUGAAGCAAGCCGUGCCAUUUUGGGCCAGUUUGUAGCUACAGCUCCGAGAUCCAUACAUGGUUUGAAGUUCACAGAACAAAAUAAAGUGGUGUAAUACAUUUAAGAAAAAAUAAAAAGAAAAUUUCUCAAUUAAACUCUUCAAUGAGAUUCUCGAA